AUGGACUGUCUCGCCAAGGACAACCCUGCUGCCACCUCAUACGAGGACCAGCGCAUCGCGCAUCAACAAGGGCCUUUCCUAGUAUCCGACAGUGACAGCCGUAGCCCCUCACCACCAUCUUCUCCUACUCGGAGGCAACAACCACAGCAUUCCACCAAGUCCCCACUAUAUCAUCCUAGUAUAGGCAUCGGACAUGAUGGGCAUGAUGACGACGACAACGACCAUGACAACAAUAGCAGCACCAGCAGCAACAGCGGGUUCAUGCCAUCCAUGAUCCCCUUGAACUCCCGUCACACCAGUGGUGGCCUGGCCGCAUAUGCGGUCACUGAUGCCCGAACCGCCGCUUCAAUCGGAGAUGAUGAGGCGGUCGGAAGCAACGAUGACGCUGCAGCUUUCCUCUCACUCUCACUCUCACGCCGACCGUCCAGCACGAUGAUGAACACUCAUCGAGGAGAUCCGCCUGCCCUGGAUGCUCUUCCCAAUGAGAUACUGUUUCACAUAUUACGCUUCCUCGACGUGAAUGAUGUACUAUCAACUUCCAGGACUAGUCAGCAUCUCCGGAUCGUCUCCCUUGCCCCCCUCCUCCACAUAUAUCGUCUUCGCCGUGUGCGCGAGGUGCUCCCCCCUCUUCUCUGGAGUCCUGAGCGCCCCAGUCUCGGCAACCUCAUAUCGAGGUCCAUUUUUAUGACGAAUACGUCUGUCGUCUCACGACAGCUGGCCCGCUCUCUCGUCUCCAUCCGCCUGUCGCGCCGCUUGGCAGCCCGUCCUUCGGCCGAAGCCCUCGUCGAGCGAGCUGUUCUGCCCAAGGAGUGCGUUCCUGGCAUGGCCCCCGUGCAUGUCUCCCCAUCUAUACUGCAGCGUGGGAGGACCAUUGAGCGUGAGCGCAUCAAAGACGGCCUGCGGCGCUGGGUAGAGGCCAAGUGGCGUAACGAAGUCCAGGAGCGCGAGAAGCGCCAGAGGAGGUGGGAGGAGAGUCGUGGCAUCGGCAGGGUGUGGCGGCUCAGACGCUUCUGGGAGAGGAUUAGCAGGGGAGAGGACCUAGCCGUGAGGUAG